UAUUUUGCGGAAUCGCUUUUUAUCCCUACCGAGAUCGCAUCGAUCCCCCCGCCGCCAGCCCGCCCCCCCCGGGCCGAACUCUACAGCAGGCGGGGGAGUCCCGAGUUACUGCCUGGGGGAGGCAGCCGCGGGAGUAAAGCGAGGCGAGUGAGUGCCACAAGCCGCGGACGUCGAAGCGGGGCAUGCAGGACGGAGCGCCCGGAGCUGAGGCUUAAGAGAAGCGGCUGAAGCAGGGAGGGCAGCCAGCCAAGCAGCCAUGGACGCCGCCGGGCAGAGCUCGCAGCAGCCGCAGCAGCAGCCGCCUCCGUCGGCGCCUCAGCAGCCUUCGGGGCAGCCCCCUCAGCCGCCCCCGCCUCAGCCGCAGCCCGCCGGCGGCGGCGCGGUGUCCGGGCCGCCCCCGGCCGGCCACCAGAUCGUCCACGUCCGGGGCGACUCGGAGACCGACCUGGAGGCCCUCUUCAAUGCCGUCAUGAACCCCAAGGGCGCCAACGUGCCCCACACGCUGCCCAUGAGGCUCCGCAAGCUGCCCGACUCCUUCUUCAAGCCGCCGGAGCCCAAGGCCCACUCCCGCCAGGCCAGCACAGAUGCAGGGACAGCAGGAGCCCUGACUCCUCAGCAUGUCCGUGCUCACUCCUCUCCAGCCUCGCUGCAGUUGGGAACAGUUUCUCCAGGGGCACUUACCCCUUCCGGUGUUGUUCCUGGAGCUACACCUUCUUCUCAGCAUCUCCGUCAGUCAUCUUUUGAAAUCCCUGAUGAUGUGCCCCUGCCACCAGGUUGGGAGAUGGCAAAGACACCGUCUGGCCAGAGAUAUUUUUUGAAUCACAUUGAUCAGACAACCACAUGGCAGGAUCCAAGGAAGGCCCUUCUUUCCCAGAUGAAUGUUACAGCCCCCACUAGUCCCCCAGUACAACAGAAUAUCAUGAAUUCAGCAUCUGGCCCGCUCCCUGAUGGAUGGGAACAAGCCAUGACCCAGGAUGGAGAAAUUUACUACAUAAACCAUAAGAACAAGACCACAUCUUGGCUAGAUCCAAGGCUUGACCCACGCUUUGCUAUGAGCCAGAGAAUCAGCCAAAAUGCUCCAGUGAAGCCACCUCCACUAGCCCCCCAAAGUCCACCUGGUGGAGUUCUGGGGGGUGGCAACUCCAGCCAACAGCAGCAGAUGAGGCUGCAACAGCUGCAGAUGGAAAAAGAGAGAUUGCGACUGAAGCAUCAAGAACUGCUUCGGCAGGUGAGGCCACAGGCAUUGCGGAAUAUCAAUCCCAGCACAGCAAAUUCUCCAAAACGUCAGGAACUGGUUCUUCGCAGUCAGCUUCCCAGUAUGGAACAAGAUGGCUCUCAGAAUCCAGUAUCAUCUCCUGGAAUGUCUCAAGAACUGAGAACAAUGACUACAAAUAGUUCAGACCCUUUUCUUAACAGUGGAACUUACCACUCAAGAGAUGAGAGCACAGAUAGCGGCCUCAGCAUGAGCAGUUACAGUGUCCCCAGAACUCCAGACGAUUUCCUCAACAGUGUUGAUGAAAUGGAUACAGGUGACAGUAUCAACCAAAGCAAUAUCCCCUCCCAUCAGAACCGUUUUCCAGACUACCUUGAAGCCAUUCCAGGGACUAAUGUGGACCUUGGAACGCUGGAAGGAGAUGCGAUGAAUAUAGAAGGAGAGGAACUGAUGCCAAGCCUACAAGAAGCUUUGAGUUCCGAUAUCCUUAAUGACAUGGAAUCCGUAUUGGCAGCCACCAAGCUAGAUAAAGAAAGCUUUCUUACCUGGUUAUAGGGGCCUCAGGGAGAUGGAGUUUGAAAUCUUUGAAGGAUCUAAGGAGAUAAGACACAUACCUGAUGUUGAGAACAAGCCUGUGCGGCAAAGGCUUCUUGGCUUAUGAUCAGAGAGGAACAAAAGUAAAUGAACAAAAUACUCCAGAUUCUUUUCAUCUAUGUUUUGUUCUUCCUUGUCCAAUCGCUGCUGUUAUACUGCUGACCUCUUUCACAGUUGACUCUGAAGAAUUAGAUGAUUUGUUUUAUUAUCUUUUUUUUAAUUUUUGCUGUUGCAACUACUGUUCACCAGGGUGGUAAUGGAGAAGGAGAGGAUGGGGAAGUGGCAAGAAAGAUAGCCCAGUCUUAGUUUUGGAUGAUGACUGCCAUUCCUUUUGAUCCUGCUACCUGUCUCAUAUUCUUUCAUCUACUAAUAUGGAUUUUGAAGAGUUUAACUCUGCACGUUCCCACUUGUAGCUGACUGCUUGUUGUUUGCUCUGUUGCCCAUGGCAAGCAGCAAAAAACACAUACUGGUCUAGCAAGCCAAAACUAAUACAUCUGAGGCAAAAAAGUCAGUACUGAUUUGGAGAUAAGUAUCGAAAGGAGGCUGGAAACCUUUUAUUGUUGGGCACAAUCUACCAGACACCAUGGCUGCUUGAUCAACAUGGAAAUAAAUGAAAAACACUAGGCAGUGAUGUCUGUUGGGUUCUGUCCAUUGUUAGCUGCUGGCUAGUUCUCUCAAUUAUCUUGUUGACAUUUAAUGGCACCAUAAAGUAGUCCUUUUACAUAAAACACAUUAUGAGUCUUGAUCAUUGCCUCUUAUUCUAGCUUUUCUUUUCAAAUUUUAGAUUUUUUUAUUAUAGCAGUAGUUUAGGAAUUUAACUGUUUUUGGUUUUGUCUUUUUUGUUUUUGUAUUUUUAAAUAGUGAAAUCUAAAUUUCCUGAUUUCAACUAGUCUUAUUUAAGUCUGAGAUGGUUGACUUUUUUAUACCUAACUAGUGUAGCCAGUGAAUAGCUAUAGUUCUAUAUUUUGCUUGUAACUUUUAAAAAGAUAGCUUUGAAUGUAUUCAUUAGACUAAAGGAUUGCCGGCUUAUCUUUCACACCUGUGCCAGAAUUGGAAGCAAAGAUUCUCUUAGGGCAAACUUUACAAUGUGUAACUCUUACUGAACCCUAUUCCUAAAUGCACCUAUAUGAACACUAAUCUCACUUUUUUUCAAAAGAACUGCAUCCACCUAAAGCGUUUUUAGGAUUGUCACUUAAAGGUGGUCAAAAGCCAUAUGGCUUUUAUGAUGUUUUAAAUGGAGCGAACAAUACAUUAUGAGUCUUCAUCAAGGGACAGCUCCUGGGGAAGCUUUUAAAUUUUGAUGAAACUGAUAGCUUGAAAUUCUGCAGUCCCUGAUGGAUGAAAAUGGAAGCUUUCCUAUUGUUAGUUUUCUGGUAUUCGUCUGCACUGUCAUCUGAGUUUACAAUGCUAGUAAUGCAAACACUAAAGCUACAGUGCAUCAGAAUCACUAACAAAGAAGCCCAUGGUGCAUAUAGAAGACUGUAAAGAUAUGUGUUAGAUGGUGACACGAGCAAGUGGUAGUGCAUUUUAGUUGUAGAGAUUAGUUCUGCAGUUGAGGAGUAAGUACAUCUCGAUACCAUUAUUUUUAACAGGAAAUGAAUUAUGUUUUUUUCCAAAGAGUAUUUUUUAAGUGAACAAAAUGAGCAUGAAUCAAUGUUUCAGUAUAAGCUAUGACUUUUUAUUACUAUUAUUCUUUAAAUACAUUGGCACCAGUAAGUACCUUAAGAAUCUGUCAACAUUCCCAUUAAUUUGUUGUCCUUAUUUUCAAGGGUUUGUAAUAUGGCCUUCAAACAACUUUUCAGGUUGAAACAUGGUAUGUUCAGCCUAGGAAAGAUUUUUUUUAAAAAAUGUUGAAGUUAUUUGGCCAUUUCUACUUGAUGUAGAAAGUGAAAUUAACAGAUAAGACCCAGAGCUUUGCCUGUGCCAUUAAGCCACAGCCAAAUACAAGGAUGGACAGCUUGUGGCCAUCCAGAUAUUUUGGCCUACAGCUCCCAUCAGAUCACACUCCUGCUGAGUAUUCUCUGUUCUUUGUCUUCCCACCCUUUUCCCAGAACUGACACUAAGUAUGAAUAGACUUGAUAAGUCAUACAAACGGGUGCAACAACACCUGCCAGUUGUGCAGUACAUACAGUUAUUAAAUAAAUACAUAUCUAUAAAUGAAGUAAGGUGAGAGAUUUGAAGUUCCUGCAUUUUGGUUUACCCAUUUCUGUUUGAUACUGGAGGACCAUUUGUACCUAUUUGAACAUCAGGUAGGAACUGCUGAAUUCCUAUUCUGGGUAUUGCAUGGAGGUGCAUAGAAACAUUGUUUGUUUUUCUUGGUUUUUGCUUCAAAGUUGGAACCUAUUUUAGGUUUUGCCUUGAUGUACAUAAACUACACAGCUUAUACAAUAUUCAAGCAGCACUGCUCGAGAGGUACUGACAUUAAACUGGGAAUUCUUGAAUUUCUCUUAACACGAAGCUGUUUAUGCAGUACUUAAUUCGAGUUACUUUUUAAGCCUCUUCACUUGAUGGAAAUGUGCCUUAGAGUUUACUUGUACUGUUGGCAAAAGAAAAACAAACCAGGCUGAUUGGAAGUUUUUGUUCAGAUCUAUCACUUGACAAAGUGGCUUAAUGUUUUUUCUAUUGAAACGUAAAAAAGCAAAGUGUUAUGGGUAGUAUUUUAUAUUGAUUGGUGUAUAUAUUUAAACAGAUUACAGUCCUAACUUUAUAGUUUCUAGGGUUUUUUUUAAGUUUAGUGUGUUCAGGAUGCAAUUGAAACUUAUGAAUUCUUGUGUAUGUCUGGAAGCAUAACUGCUUUGGAAUAUGUACCAUUUCUAUAAAUUGUAUGGAUCAAAAAUUGUACCAAUCAGUGUUGGAACUCAAGCAAUGCAAGAGAUGGAGAGACAAUUUGAGUGAUUAAAGGUAACCUAGCUUUUGCACAUCUGGAAAAUCCAUAUUAAAACAACUUCACUAGCAAUCAUGGGAUGUUUUUGUACCACAGGCAGGUGUGUAUGUCUGUCAGAAGUGACACUUUUUCCCUUUAGCUGAAAAGCCUCCAUAUUUUAAAAUGUUUUCUAUUAGAGAACUCCGAAACACAACUUUUUCAAAUAUAUAUAUUGUUAUGAAUGUUAUAUUUUCUUUAGAUGUAAGAGCAUGCCUCUGUUAGGUACCAUAAUAAAAUUCUGUUACAUUAUUUUCUUAUGUAAUACAUUUUUCCAUUGCUUUUUUGUUUUACAUGAUAUAAAUAUAUACUUUGCGCUUA